AUGAUCCAGAUUAAUAUCAGUGAAAUUCAAGCUAAAUUAAUAGAAGGCUAUGGACUAAUAAAAGAUGCAAAGGGUAAAGAUUUAGUACUGGUGAUCGGUAAUACCGGUGUGGGUAAAAGCACCUUUCUGAAUUAUAUGCUAGGGUACAAAAUGUACCAAAAUGAAGAAUCUGAUACGGUGGAGACGGUAGAGAGAGAGUGUCCCGCACAUAUUGGGCAUAAUAUGCAUUCACAAACUUUGUAUACACAUCCGAUUGCGGAUAAAAAUUAUCCUUGGGUUUUUACCGACUGUCCGGGAUUUCUGGAUAAUAGAAUGACCAAUGAUACGAUUGUGACUUCCAUUAGCAUGGAAUUAACUAUUCGCAUUGCAAAACAAGUCAAGGGGAUUGUUAUACUGAUGGAUGCGACUGAGUUUUUAAGUAGUAGAUUGACUGCUUUGGGUCCGUUGAUGAAGAUAUUGAUUAAAUUAUUUCGAGAUCCAGUUGAAAUGUUAAAGUAUUCUGUAAUUGGUGUGACAAAACUAGAUCAAAUAAAGGGAGGAAAAACAAGGGCUAAGAAAAUAACGUUACAAGGUUUGAAUAAAAUUAAAGAAGAAUGUCGUAGAAGAAUAAAAACUCUUGAGACAGAGAAGAGAGAAAGAGAUGGAACAGAUUUGAUUAUCAGUGAAUAUAAAGUGAUGGAAGAGUUUACUAGUGCAGUACUUGGUCGUAAAGAUGAUAUCAUGUUUAUUGAUAUUCUUGAUGAUGGUGAUUCAAAACAGCUCGUAACCGAUCGUAUUUGUGCCAUUAGAUCGAGAACUGAAGCUCAAACUGAUCAGUUACCAUAUGAUACUUCUCCACCUCCAAUAUCAACAUCUACUAGUAAUGCUCAACAAGAUGCACUGCCGUUACCGCUAAUUACGAUCGCAGACUUCAAUUUUGAAGAUUAUGAUAUCAAUAGAACAAGCUUUAAUAAGGCAAUUUACGAUUUGGCUGGUGAAGAGAAUGACGUCGAUGAAAAGAUUGAGAUCGGAGUUGGACAGUUAUAUUUCUGCUUCUGA